AUGGAGCCCGGCGAUGCAGCGAGGUCGUUUAGUUUUACACGAAAUUCUGUCAUAUUCGAGAUUGUGGUUCCGAUCGUUGUGACGAUCCUGGCGAUAGCUCUGUGCGUGGGCAAAAAGAAAAAGUCGAAGAAGAAAGAACCAGAGAAGAAACGUGACAAAGAGAAAGCGGACAAAGAGAAACCAAAGCAAACGGAAGAAGUGAAGAAAGACCAGACGGCUCCCCAAACACCUGAAAAACCUGCCGAGGAAAAAAAAGCGGCAGAAGUAAGCAAGGGUGAAGACAAAGGUAAAGACAAAGAAGCGAAAGAGCAAACUCCUCCGAAGCAAGAGAAAUCAGAAGCGGAAAAGAAAGGAGACGGAGUGCAAGAUGUAAAGGAGAAAGAUGAGACGAAAAAAGCGACUGGUACGCAAACGAUUGAAGAUCUGAGCUCGGACGAGGGAAGUCUUCCAAGUGUCGAGUUACAAUCAGCCUGA